AGUGCGGGACACGUUAACGCGACUGGCGAAUCUUGGUAUAAAAUCAGAAAAAGAGGCAGUCACACAGACACAAUUUUAAAAAACUCGAAGUCGGUCGCGUCCACAAAGCUUAUUCCUGGAAAAAAACGUCGGUUCGCGGUACACGAAUUAAAGUUAAACAACAACAAUAAGAAUUAACCCUUAGCAACUGGGCGAAUAUCAAGAAAAUAAACGUCAACGCAAAGCAAUUCUAGGAAGGAACAAUGUUGUCACGACCGAGUUUGUGCGGAACUGUGGGCAAACUAUGCCGCUGCAGCGCCUCAGCCACAGCCACAGCAGCGGGCGCCACAUCAGCAACAGUGCCGGCCACACGGCGGUACCAUGAGGUGGUGGGUGACAUUAUUACACCGUCGCAGGUGCGCGGCAUCGAUCACAUUCGCGAUCCUCGUUUGAAUAAGGGCCUGGCCUUUACCCUCGAGGAGCGACAGACUCUGGGCAUUCAUGGCCUGCAGCCUGCCCGCUUCAAGACGCAGGAGGAGCAGCUACAGCUGUGCAAGAUCGCCGUGAAUCGCUACACGGAGCCGCUGAACAAGUACCUGUACCUGAGCGAUCUGUACGACCGGAAUGAGCGUUUGUUCUUCCGUUUCCUCUCCGAGAACAUUGAGGAUUUGAUGCCAAUUGUGUACACGCCCACGGUGGGUUUGGCCUGCCAGCGCUUUGGCCUGAUCUACAGGCGUCCGCAUGGUCUCUUCGUGACGUACAACGAUCGCGGGCACAUCUUCGAUGUGAUGAAGAACUGGCCGGAGCCGAAUGUCCGCGCCAUCUGCGUGACGGAUGGCGAGCGCAUCCUGGGACUGGGCGAUCUGGGUGCCUGUGGCAUGGGCAUUCCCGUGGGCAAGCUGGCCUUGUACACGGCUCUGGCUGGUAUAAAGCCCCACCAGUGCCUGCCCAUUGUGGUGGAUGUGGGCACCAACAACAUCGAUCUGCUGGAGGAUCCUCUGUACGUGGGACUGCGCCAGAAGCGAGUGGUUGGCCGGGAGUACGACGACUUCAUCGACGAGUUCAUGGAAGCCGUGGUGCGGCGAUAUGGCCAGAACACGCUCAUUCAGUUCGAGGACUUUGGCAACCACAAUGCAUUUAGGUUCCUGGACAAGUACCGCAACACGUAUUGCACCUUCAACGACGACAUCCAGGGAACCGCCGCCGUAGCUGUGGCUGGACUGUAUGCCUCCAAGCGGAUUACGGGCAAGUCCUUCAAGGAUUACACCUUCCUGUUCGCCGGAGCUGGUGAGGCGGCCAUCGGCAUUGCCGAUCUCACGGUCAAGGCCAUGGUCCAGGAGGGUGUGCCCAUUGAGGAGGCAUACAACCGCAUCUACAUGGUGGAUAUUGACGGUCUGCUGACCAAGUCCCGUAAGGUGGGCAACCUGGAGGGCCACAAGGUCAACUACGCCAAGGACGUAGCGCCCAUGACGGAUCUCGCCGAGAUUGUGUCCACCAUUAAGCCGAGUGUGCUCAUUGGUGCUUCGGCCGCUGCCGGCAUCUUUACUCCAGAGAUCCUGCGCACGAUGGGUGAUAACAACGAGAGGCCCGUGGUCUUUGCUUUGUCCAAUCCCACCAGCAAGGCAGAGUGCACCGCCGAGGAUGCCUACAAGCACACAGAUGCUCGCGUGAUCUUCUCGUCGGGCUCUCCGUUCCCACCGGUCACAAUGGGCGAUAAGACCUACUAUCCCGGUCAGGGCAACAAUGCCUACAUCUUUCCGGGCGUCGGCUUGGGCGUGAUCUGCACGGGCACGCAUCACAUACCCGACGAAAUGUUCCUCAUUGCCGCCCAGGAGCUGGCCAACUUUGUGGAGCCCAGCGACAUUGAGCGCGGAUCGCUGUACCCGCCCCUGUCUAGCAUCCGGGAUGUGUCCAUGAACAUUGCCAUUGGCGUGACCAAGUGCGCCUACGAUAGAGGCCUGGCAUCCACCUACCCGGAACCGCAGGACAAGCGCAAGUGGCUGGAAAUGCAGCUGUACAACUUCAACUACGAGACCUCGAUGCCGGCGACCUGGGUCUGGCCGCGGAUGCCCUACAUUAAGACUCGCGAAGAAAGCCCGCUCAUUGCCGCCAUCAAAUAAAAGCAUUCAAGAUUGAUGGCACGCCACCAACCACCACUCUGUUUUGCAUCCAAUAACCCACUCUACUACUUCCAAAGCGUACACCAUCAGCACCAAGCAACCACCAAGCAACAACCGACUAACCCAGCCUACUUUAGACUAGAAAGAAAUUUCAAGUGCUCACUCUGUUCUAUAAAUGUUUUCGCGAGACCCAUUGGCUCCUUUUGCUGGUGCACUGGUCCCAGCUCCCGGCCACUCCCUACGAAUUGUUAAAAUACUGGACUCUGUGGAGUGGAGGGGAGCUGCUGGCGGCAGGCCAAGGGAGCCCAGGGAGUAGCUCCUAAGUGUAUUUCUCAAAUUGUUUAUAGUUAAUGUAUUUAUGAAGUGUGUUUUGAUAUUUGUAUAAAAUUACCAUGUUUAUUAAUUAUUUGUGAUACCAACCGAUAUGACGACGACUGUGACAAUGACGCUGACUAUUACAACUAAGCCUCUGAGAAAGCAAUUACGCAGUAUUCUAUCCUGUAUCUGUAUUAACUCUGUGCUACGUUUUUGGUUUGCUGUUUUCUUAACCAUUAUAUUGGCUUUACCUCUCCGCUUGCUCUUUAACAUGACAUCCUGCAUCCUGGCUUUUGAUAUGAACCUGCUCCUACGCCCUAAACUACUAACUCUGGCGGCGGCAUCAACGAGCUAUAAAAAAAAAAUCACUGCUUAAACUCACUCCUCACCCCCCAAGAAAAUUCGACAAUUGAUUGAUUUAUCUAUGCCAUGUUUCCCUCUUUCGUUGCCAUACAGAGAAAAAAGAAGAAAUUAUGUAAAUUAGCCAACCCCCCGACCGCAGAAGCUAUUAACUGCUACCGAGAACUGGUGAGAGCAACCCAACCAACCAAGCAACCAACAAACAAUUGAUUCCACAUGUAAAACAACUUAAUUCGCUGCCGUUAACCUCCGACCAUCCAUUACAACUAUGAUUUCUCUGUCGUUUUAAGACUCCCUAUAUCCCCAGAGAUAUAUCCGAGUGACUUUAAUUAUGUUUGUUGUUGAGCCUGUCUGAUAUUUAUUAGCGCAAGCAGCUUUGUUAUAAUUUAUUGUUACCAAGGUCAAGUUCUAAAUGUAUCUAUAACUACAUAUAAAAACCCCCUUGCCCCCUGAUCGAUCGGACCGAUUCAGCCAUUGUACCACUGACUAGAUGAUGAUGUGCGAUAAACAAUAAAAUGAAAAGUACACACAUGUUGAAGCAAAAAUA